AUCACAUAACACGACUCCAAAUUGACGGUGUACACCUGACACGAGGACAGACGAGAAGACGCCGUUGCCGGUUUUAAAGCGCUUUGUUUACUACACUUGGGGGCGCACACGGGACUUCGCAGGUUUCCCGACAAUGGAGGUCACGACGCUAUCUGUCUUUCCCAUGAACGCAACCACUGAAAUCGGAGAAGACUUCUACGACAACCCUUUCGGGAACCGAACGAGCGAUUCGUCCGCUCGGCUGAGGGAUUCUCUCCGCAUCAUGUCGGUGGUCAUCUACUCCCUGGCGUUCGUCCUGGGCGUGCUGGGCAACGGUGUGGUCAUCUGGGUAACUGGAUUCGUGAUGAAGAAAACCGUUAACACGGUCUGGUUCCUCAACCUCGCCGUGGCGGACUUCCUCUUCACGGCCUUCCUUCCUUUCAGCGCGGCGUACACCGCUCUACGAUUCCACUGGCCCUUCGGAACCUUCAUGUGCAAGCUAAGCGGUGCGGUUAAUGCUCUCAACAUGUUCGCCAGUGUUUACAUCCUGACGGUGAUCAGCGUUGACCGAUGCGUGUCCGUGGUGAUCCCCGUUUGGGCCCAGAACCACCGCAGUGUCCGGAAGGCUUACCGCGUGAUUGUGUGUGUUUGGGUGUUGGCGCUCGUUCUCAGCAUUCCGUUCUUCGUCUUCAGGGACACGGGGCCGUCGUUUUUCAGCGAAGAUGUCAUUAACUGCUUGAAUAACUUUGUAUUUUCCGACGACAACACGCCAGAACUGAAUCAGCUCCGACUGUUUCGCCAUCAGGCCAUAACCGUGACUCGCCUCCUCCUGAGUUUUGUUCUCCCCUUCGCCGUCAUCGUUUCCUGCUACGCCACCAUCAUCCAUCGCGUCAGAAGGAAUCCCAACCUGGCCGGCCAUUCGAGUCGCACCUUUAAGAUCAUCGCCGCCGUGAUCAUUGUUUUCUUCCUCUGCUGGGCUCCCUUUCACAUCCUCGUUUUAAUUGAGCUCACCAGUUACACGCACACAAGCGCAGCGUUCCAAAACGCCGUAACGCUCGCGAGCCCGAUUGCCACGAGCUUGGCUUUUAUCAACAGCUGCCUAAAUCCGCUCCUCUACGUGUUCAUGGGACAAGAUUUCAAGGAUAAAGUUUUGAAAUCCGUUGUGAAAGCACUGGAGACGGCUUUUCAGGAAGAGGCCUCUCAUGCGCACUCAAAGACAGUUGAAACCAGCCAGGGCAACGAAAGCGGUUACGUUUGAGUCGCCAACAGUUGCUGAAGUAUUACUUGGCAAGUAAUUGUAACAAAAAUGUCAAUGUUCCUCUUUUACCUUUUGCAGUUUUUAUUCGUUCGUUAGAUUUGUUGUUUUAUCACGUAUUUGUUUCAAUUGUUCUCCUUCGGAGCGGUUGUGUGACCUGGAGUAUGACCCAGCGACACCUUGAGGAGUGAUGCACCCCCUUGCUGACUUCAAACCAGAUACUCCUCAACACCAUUGUUACAAAUGUUUACUUUAGUAUUUGUCUUUGUGUGGGUAUUGCCAUCUGUUCCUCCAUUUGAAUUUGUAACCUUGUCACCUUUUGUCCUGAGAAACUAAUAAAAAGAGGGACACCGGUAAGGCUGACUCAGAACGGGUGUUGGAGUUGCAGCCGGUCAGCCAAACCUGUUUCUCCCCAUACGGGCCAAAUUGAAGA